AGGAGGCGCUGUGGCGACCAAAGGAGGGCGAUCAAGCAGCAGCUUUACCUCACUGCCCUUCCAGCAGCAUCUCACCUUCAACCGGCCAGACGCACACCCACCGCCGCCCCUGCACAGGAAAAGACGAAACAACACAAAAAGAACCGACAAGCGAGAAACAAACCAGCAGGGGCAAUCGAUUCGCUUCAGAGCUCAUUGUUUUAAUGAUGUAGGGGGUUGUUUUGCGCCUUGACAUCCAAUUUAGCUUGGCCGCCUCACUGCGACACGAAAACACCGUCCAGCUGCGCAUAAAUAUAUUAUCGUCUCUCUGAGCCGGUAAGGGUAAGAAACAGGCCGACCUAUCCGCCAUCCUCAGAGCCGCCUCGAUAUAAAAGGACCGGAUCCUGCGCGCAUCACUCCCGCUUACUCAGACGCACAGAUCAGGCCCAAGAUCUAAUCGCCUCCAGCGUCAGCAGCAUCUUUCCUCUCAGCAGAAAGCAGCAUCCUCCACCUUGAAUCUGCGCAAUGGCCGAUGCCCCAGCGGAAUGCAACAUAAAAGUGCUGUGUCGCUUUCGUCCUCUAAAUCAGUCGGAGAUUUUACGUGGGGACCAGUUCCUACCCAAAUUCCAAGGAGAUGACACCGUCGUCGUCGGGGGAAAGUCCUAUGUGUUUGAUCGGGUGUUUCCAACCAACACCACCCAGGAGCAAGUCUACAACACCUGUGCCAAGCAGAUUGUGAAAGAUGUGCUGUAUGGAUACAAUGGCACUAUCUUUGCAUAUGGGCAAACCUCCUCCGGGAAGACUCACACUAUGGAGGGCAAGCUGCACGACCCUCACCAGAUGGGUAUCAUUCCUCGCAUCGCCGAGGACAUUUUCAAUCACAUCUUUGCCAUGGAUGAAAACCUCGAAUUCCACAUCAAGGUUUCCUACUUUGAGAUCUAUAUGGAUAAAAUCCGUGAUCUCCUGGACGUGACAAAAACCAACCUGUCUGUUCAUGAGGAUAAGAACAGGGUGCCAUAUGUGAAGGGAUGCACUGAGCGCUUCGUUUCAAGCCCUGAUGAAGUUAUGGAUGUGAUCGAUGAGGGCAAAAAUAACCGCCACGUUGCUGUGACUAACAUGAAUGAGCACAGCUCUCGGAGCCACAGCAUCUUCCUGAUCAACAUCAAGCAGGAGCACGUGGAGACGGAGCAGAAGCUGUGUGGAAAACUGUACCUGGUGGAUCUGGCUGGCAGUGAGAAGGUCAGUAAGACCGGAGCUGCAGGUGCCGUCCUGGAUGAGGCUAAAAACAUCAACAAGUCUCUCUCGGCUCUCGGAAAUGUCAUCUCUGCCUUGGCUGAGGGCACGAAAACUCACGUGCCGUACCGUGACAGCAAAAUGACCCGCAUCCUGCAGGACUCCCUCGGCGGUAACUGUCGCACCACCAUGUUCAUCUGCUGCUCUCCCUCCAGCUACAACGAUGCUGAGACCAAGUCAACUCUGAUGUUUGGACAACGUGCCAAGACCAUCAGGAACACCGCCUCAAUCAACCUGGAGCUGACAGCAGAGCAGUGGAAGAGGAAGUAUGAGAAGGAGAAGGAGAAGAACAAGACCCUGAAGGAGACCAUUCAGAAGCUGGAGUCGGAGCUCAACCGCUGGAGAAACGGAGAAGAUGUGCCCGAGACUGAGAGGACUACAUCGGAAAUAGUGACCCGUAUCGAGUCUGUGGAGGAGCGUCCCAUUUUGGACAAUGACACCUCCUCCAUUGUGGUUCGCAUUUCUGAGGAGGAGCGGCAGAAGUAUGAGGAGGAGAUCCGCAAGCUGUAUAAGCAGCUGGAUGAUAAGGAUGAUGAGAUCAACCUUCAGUGCCAGCUGGUGGAGAAACUGAAGCAGCAGAUGCUGGACCAGGAUGAGCUUCUGGCCUCAUCCAGGGGUGACGGGGACAAAGUCCAGGCUGAACUCGGCAGGCUGCAGGUGGAGAGCGACUGCGCCAAGGCUGAGGUGAAGGAGGUGCUGCAAGCUCUGGAGGAACUGGCCAUCAACUAUGACCAGAAGAGCCAGGAAGUGGAGGAGAAAGGCCUGCAAAACCAGCUGCUGGCUGAGCAACUGUCCCAGAAAAUGGCCAGUCUGAUGGAGCUGGAGGCAGAGCUGUCUCGUAUGCAGGAGGUGAGCGGUCAGCAGCGCAAACGCAUAGCUGAGGUCCUCAACGGGCUGAUGAGGGACCUCAGCGAGUUCAGCUCCAUCGUGGGUAAUGGGGAGAUAAAGCUGCCAGUGGAGAUCAGUGGUGCAAUCGAGGAGGAGUUCACUGUGGCCCGCCUCUACAUCAGCAAGAUCAAGUCGGAGGUGAAGAGCAUGGUGAAGCGUUGCCGUCAGCUGGAGAACAUGCAGCUGGAGUGCCACCGCAAGAUGGAAGAGACCGGAAGGGAGCUCUCCUCCUGCCAGCUCCUUAUCUCUCAACAUGAGGCAAAGAUCCGCUCGCUGACAGAGUACAUGCAGAGUGUGGAGCAGAAGAAGAGACAGCUGGAGGAGAGCCACGACUCCCUGAGCGAGGAGCUGGCCAAGCUGCAAGACCAGGAUAACUCCCUGCUUGAGGAGAAGGAUGGAGAGAAGGGUGAGACUGAGGAUGGAAAUGUGAAGAAAGCUCUUCGUCAUCAGGGAGAGUCCCACCGUGGUCUCCACCACAAGCAGCUGGCCCGCCUGCGGGAUGAGAUCAAUGAGAAGCAGAGGAUUAUUGAUGAUCUCACUGAUCGUAACUCCAAGCUGGAACUGGAGCUGGCUCAGGUCCGCGCUGACUUCGAACGCCUGAAGAGCCAGGAUAGUACCAAGAGCGAACGCCUGGAGGAGCUCUCAUUCCUGCACGAGCGCCAUGAGCAGACCAAACAGGACUUGAAGGGUCUGGAGGAGACUGUCGCCCGCGAACUCCAGACCCUCCACAACCUGCGCAAGCUGUUCGUUCAAGACCUCACGUCGCGAGUUAAAAAAAGUUCCGAAAUGGAACCUGAUGAUAGCGGGGGGUCUUGCACCCAGAAGCAGAAGAUUUCCUUUCUUGAGAAUAACUUGGACCAGCUUACAAAGGUUCACAAACAGCUGGUUCGUGACAAUGCAGAUCUGCGCUGUGAGCUUCCAAAGCUGGAGAAACGUCUUCGGUCUACUGCUGAGAGAGUUAAGGCCCUGGAGACUGCACUGAGGGAUGCCAAAGAGGGUGCCAUGAUGGACCGCCGUCGCUACCAGCAGGAGGUUGACCGCAUCAAAGAUGCGAUGAGGGCAAAGAAUGCCUUGAGGCGCCCUCAUGCAGCACAGAUCGCUAAGCCGGUGAGACCAAAACAGCUGACCGUUUGCUCUCCCACCAACCCGUUCUACGCCUACAUCCGUGCUACUGAACACGCCAACACCUACAGCAAUGCCCUCUUCCAGAGUAACGUGACACCACAGCAGUCCACCAGUGUCAGCUGCAAUCCCAACUCUGUCCAGAGCAACACAGUUUCCACAGCACUGGGCUACAGAGCAGGAAGAUAUAAUGGGGACAUACUGGAAUCCUACCCACUCAACAUUGACAACGGUAACAGCAUCAGUGAAGCCAGAGACAUUAAUGAUAACAGGAGUGACGUUCACUGUGGCAGCGAGGUGGAUGAUUCAAACAGGCACUACAUGAUUCAGCAGGAGACUGCUGCAAGUUAAUACCUUGAAGAUGACCAAACACUGUACCCGUCCACCGGACCCUCCCCUCCCAUUUGCAUGCAGCCUGGCCCCCUCAACCCUGCACUGCAUCACCGAUAAUGAUGACAACCAAGAUCUGUAGCCCUGUAGUCUUCUAAUUAGUUGAAGCCCUUUCCUGCUCCAAUGGUGAACACUUGCCCUCAGGUUUGGGGUCCGGUCCUUUUCAGUUCAAUCAGGAUUAAAUUCGAUAUUUUUAAUCAAGGAACGCCCCCGGCCAAUCAAUUUUUCACCACAUGCCACUGAUGCCGAUCACCUCCCGGGGUGGUUGAACUGAAACGGGGCUGACCCCAUAUCUGAUCAGUUAGUACACACAUGUUGUAAAUAAUAGUGCCGUAUACUCCAGUAGAGGUUUUUGACCAGCAACUGUUUGUGUGAAUGCACAGCCUUCCCCACUCCCUGCACACAUCUUCUUAAGGGCAUCAUAUGGAUGACAUACUGUAGGCAGACAUGACCUUUUUCUCUGUCAUAAAUAAGAGUAUAGUAUGCAACACCAGCUUGUAACAGAAGACUCACACACUUCGUGCAUGUCGCUUUGCGGGUUAGCUUUCCAAUCUUUGCCUGUGUCAUGAGUCCAGUCGGGGAGCUGGUAUGCUGCGAGUCAAGUCUGAUCGACUUCGACAGAUGUCAGAAAGAGAGAGCUGGUUUCCAUUAAUCCCGAUUGUGGUUUCAGAGCUUUAGGUUAUCUUUUGAUAUCAAAAUCUGAGUCCAAGACUUUUUUUUUGGAUGUUGUCAUUGUGUUUUAAACACGUUAUAUUGCAAAAAUGAUACCUGGAUCCUUUCUUUUAAGGUAAGAGAUGAGUAGAGAAAAAAUACGUGAGGGGAAACCCAGCUCAAUCAAACCGUCUGUAGUGAGAAAUCCUUUUGUAAAUGCUUGGAUGCAAUGAGGUUGGAGUCUUUUGAUGCACUUUUUCAUUCUGGAUAUUGAUGCCCACGUUCCAUUUAAUGUGGCCCCUUCCCCGCGUCAAACUUUAUGAGUCUUCUAACCAAGCCUUAAUAUGAAUUGACUUCUCAUGAUCAAACUCACACACAUUCUCUGCAAACAUUUGUAACUACUACCUCUAGAGCUGCUUAUUAUAUAAACUUAUAACUUUAUGAUAAGAUAUCAUCCUUGCAAAUGCAGAAUGAGGACGGAUCCUAGAGUUUCUACAGAAAGUUGCAACUUUAGAAAACCCCACCUGUAAGUAGAUUGAAAUGCUCUGAUCAGAGCUGUCGUUAUCUCUUCCAUAAGUUCAUUCAUUCAUGCCCAUUUUCCGUCUCCAUCUUGUCACAGGAUCAGAGCUGGGCUAAAAUGGGGACUCGCAAAAAUCAUUAAGAUUAAGAUGCCAUUUUUGUCUGCUAAUUUAAAGUUGUACAGGCCUUGAUGGAAUUUGGAUCUCUAAACGUGAUGUGAAAACAUAUCAACAUUUGGCAAAUCCAUGGAUUCUAUUUAGUGGUUCAUUUUUGUUUCAAAAGUCCAGCGGUUGGGGAGGUUUUGCAGGUGAGUCUCCAGCUGAGCAGCCACCAGUCUGGAGCACUUUGACAGGUUGUGCUGUUAUUCUUCUGUGAGAAAUCCUGACCAGCCAAUCAGGAUGGAAGAAAGCAGCGUUGCUUUGGCGUGUAACGGACAAGUGGAUGUUUUUGCAUGAAGGUGAAUCGCUGAAUAAAACCAGUAAAAACUUAAAUGUUAGUUUGAUUUUAUGCUUUUAGCAGAAUAAAAGGGAUUAAAGUGAAUCUAGUGUCACACUUUACAGGGUAAUUAAUCCUACAUUUUAUUUUAAUUUAUUUAUGUGGGGUUUUUUUUAGUUUUUUUUAAAUAUAACCAGAUUUGUUCCCAAUGUAAAAUAUCCAAAGCAGAAGUGUUCUCGUUUAUGCGAUCCCUAAUCUUUCUCAUGUAUGUGAUCAUUCGUGACAGCACCGCUCAGCCUGAUGCUUUUACCGGCAUUAACAACAUCUCAGGGCUUCACAUUCCCAAUCAUAGCUACCAUGGUCCAGCCCCAUUGUCUUCCUCCUAACCCUAGACUAAAAACUAUAUGACUGCUGAUAAACAAUCAGAUCUGUUUGUCCUCAUCAAAGCUAAGCAAAGGAAGGGGAUUAAAAGAUAAAUCUUACUCUAACAUAACAGAAUUGUACAUACAGCAUCUCUUUUCUCACACAUUACAUCCAAACUGUAAUAAUCUCCUGGUCAGACCCUACUGUGGACCCUCUAUUGGACAUCAUGUUUUAAGUGUAAUAAAUCAGAAUUUAGAGGGGAGUGUGUACUAUAUUGUUACCUGCUGUUACACUAUCUGAUUUGAACAUAUCUAAAUACAUGUGCUAUAUAUUGUUAAUCCUGUAAGUACAAUAGCGUGCAGAUGACAUAGUAAGAUGCAAAAGAAAUGCGCACGCUCUCUUUGUUCAGACAAAUGUUUGUUUUAUUUAUUUCUGUAUGCCUAUAGUGUAGCGUCAACAUGAAUAUGUGAAAAAUCACCGGGCAAAAAUCUCUGUAUAUAUCGACUCAUCACUAUGCUGUAUUGUAUGUGUUGUAGUAAAAAGUUCAAUAAACUUGUAGAAAGGA